AUGACAAGUUAUAAAUUUGUUUUAAGCAACGCAUAUCACCAUUGCGUCUCAUGCUUAAAAACUCAAAAGUUACCAUCAGACCGAGCACCAAGACUCGCUUGCGCAGACAUGGUUCCCCAACACGGAUUCGAUGCGCAAACCAGCGCUUCUCCCUUCGUGACCACACCUGCAUCGACGGCUAUUUCCCAAGGCUCUACCCUAACACUGACCCUGGCUCCGGCCGGUGCGUCUGGCGCCUUCAAAGGUUACCUCUUGAUGGGCUUCGAUAACGCCAAUCAAGCAGCUGGACCCAUUGGCACCUUCUCGGCCAUCAGAGAUGGCCAAACACUCGACUGCCCAGGAGUCAAUCUCAUGAACGCUGCCACUCACAUCAACAAUGCCAACAAGACGUCCUUCACCGUCGACUGGACGGCCCCUGCCGGAUUCGUGGGAAGUGUCUUGUUCAAGACUACUUAUGUAGAAAAGGUUGAUGUGUUCUGGGAGGCCACUCCAUCCUCCUUGGUCACCCUCGCUUAAUUUUGGAUUAUUCAAAGAUUAAUCAAUCGAUUAUUUUUUCAUUCUUGGUGCAUUAGACAGUUCAAACUGUUGGUUAACAAAUUCAAAAUGAACAAUUCCGUUUUCGAAAGUGAGGGUUAAAAUUUUAUUAGAA